CUUUUGUGUCAAAAACUCGCGAAUGCUUGAGCUUUUUUCUUGACAUGGCGAGUUUCGAGAAAUUCGAACCCAUAUUUGGAGAAGUCGUACCCGAACGUUCGGAUCCGGGUUCGGGUCUACUCCGGCGAUGUCUCUUCCACGUCUACGCUUCCGAUUCGUAUAACUUAACAGUUCAUGUCACUGACUUCAUCUCCGGUGUCUGGACGACGAUCCUCUCCGUCUCGCAGCUAGACGAUAUGAGGGAUACUGUUGGGAUUGGUGGUUCGUGGUCUGAGUUCGUCGAUUAUACUGUUGCUUCCUUGAAAUCCGACAAUGUGAAGCUUCUCUUGGGAGAAACUUCAGUUUCAAAUGGUGUCAAAACUGCGCGAUUAGUUUCUCAGAAAGCCAAAGGAAUGCCUCGCAUAAAUGUUCCUUUAACAAAGAUGGUGGAAUCAUCUGCUAGUGAAGCAAUGGCAAAUCUGUCUCUCGAGUUGUUCAGAGCAUUCAAGAGCAAGCAGCACCUACAAGGAGAAGUGAGUUUUUCAGCUGCAGCAACUGAUGAAAAGGAUAAGAGGGAUGCUACCUAUAACCAACUGGAACGAUACUCUAGAAAGCUAGAUGUUAUGGCUCCAUCAACAAAUAACCGGCAAGACUCUCCCGCCAACCAAUCUGCCCGAGAAGCUAACACAAAAAACCCUGUGAAACGAGUACCUGCUCACCGAAGAACCCGUAAACGGGGUGCUCUUCUGCAGGAUUCAGAAGAAGAGGAUGGCUGAUUGGAACAGCCUGAACAAACUGAAUCGCCUGGGGAGUUAUGCUUUAUGCUCAUGAUAAUUUCCCAGGUCCUUCCUUUUUUUUCUCCUCUUUUGGUGAUUCGUUUUUGUAAAAAGAAUCUGUAAGGUUAACUUAGAUUCCUUGUGGACACAUAUAUUAGAAGUUUUUGAAAGUUGGAAAAGAAGUAAAAUCGAAUCUUCCUUAGU